AGCGUGACUACCGCGUCUUUUUGAUGGGUGGGAGUGUAAUUCUUUGGCCACUUUGGUUGCAAGAGCCAUGUCUCCACAUUUUCCGUUAAUUCUUUUCUUACUUAUCCCUUUUGGUAACGAAUGUGAAAGUAAGAAAGGAAGGCGAUUGAACAAGUUUAUCAAACACUACGAACCUCUGUACUAUGACACGAUUCAUUUGCACAACAUUCAUCGAAGAGCCGUUGAAAGAAGUACGCAUGGAAAGUUCUCCUUUUCCGCGUUUGGGAAAUUUCAUCGUCUAAACUUGCAACCCGAUAGAGAGAUAUUUACAGCAGAUGCAAAAAUUCUCUCUGGGGAUGGAAAACCGAUACCUUUUGAGCGGGAUUCCGUGGUACGGGGGAAAGUGGAAGGCCGGCCAUACUCGGAUGUGUACGGAGUUAUUAGUAAAGAUGAUGGCUUUCAUGGAAAGAUCUUGAGCGGAAGCGAAAACUACUAUGUUGAUCCAUCAUCCUGGUACUUUGACGAGAAGCAAGAUUUUCCAUCAGUUAUGUACAAAGAGGAAGACGUGGAAUACGAACAUGAUUUUGCAGAUAUCAAACAUAGAGCACCAACCGUCGAGGUUCCAGAGCGAACUCGACGCUCGCUCGAAGAGCAAGACCGUUCCCGUUCUCGUAGACAAAGUGAAUCAGAGCUCGAAAAAAGCGCCUGUACGCUUAGUCUUUAUGCGGACAACUUUUUUACCAAACUAUAUGGUGGGAAAACCAAAGCGAUCUUUCAGCUAGUAAAGCAAGUGCAGGCUGCUCAAAUCAUUUACAUGAACGAAUUCAACGGCACAGAUUAUUUCUAUCAAAAAGGAAUAACUUUCCGCGUCAGAACCAUCGUUGCCUUCAACGACAGUGAAAAAGCGCCCAACAAUUUGCCUUCCCAAGUUAAAGACAGCAACGUUGGUAUAGAUACUCUUUUAGAUCUCUUCUCUAGCAUUGAUCACAGUGGUGUUUGCGAGGCGUUCCUAUUUACCGAUCGCGAUUUUGAGGGCGGGAUUUUAGGUCUCGCUUGGAUGGGAGAUCCGAAAGGGAAUGCAGCUGGGGGAAUUUGCGAUUACUUUGUGGAUUAUGGUGUAGGGAAGAAACGAAGUUACAACACUGGUGUCGUGACAUUCAAGCUUUACGGAAGAUUUACACCUCCAAGAGUUUCAGAAAUCACGUUUGCUCACGAGCUUGGGCACGGGUUUGGCUCACAGCAUGAUCCAGAUACAGAAGCUUGUGCACCAGGGAAGCCUGAGGGAAACUUUAUCAUGUUUGACAAAGCAACAUCUGGUAUUGAACCUAACAAUGACAGGUUCUCUCCUUGCAGCAAAAAUAGCAUCAAGGAGAAUGUCAACUUGAAGAGAGCUAGGAAAGAGACAUGCUUUAUUAAACCUACAGAAGCCAUUUGUGGCAACAAGAUUGUAGAAGGCACGGAAGAGUGUGACUGUGGAGAUAAAAACACUUGCACAGAGGAUUGUUGUACCCCAGCAAGUGCAGAUGUUAGCAAGGAACAGCCUGACCAGUGUAAACUUAGACGUGACUCAAAUGUAACUAUUGACUGCAGCCCAAGCCAAGGACCCUGCUGUAGUAAAGAUUGCAAAUACGAAGGACCUUCAGUGGUAUGCUCUGUCACAAAUGGCUGCACCAAAAACACAUUAUGUAGUGGCUUCUCAUUCAGCUGUGACCCUCCAGAACCACUUACAAAUGGCACCCUAUGCGAUAACGGACGUCGCCUGUGCUAUUCAGGGCAGUGUUCCACAUCUGUCUGUCAUAGAUAUAACUUGGUUGAGUGUUCCUGUGAAGUGGAAGAGGAACUUUGUGAUCUGUGUUGCAAGGAAGUAGGAGGAGCAUGUACUUCAGCAAAGCGCUUGACACAGAUGGCAACAGAACUACAGUCAUUGAAGUUGGUUCCAGGGACACCAUGUGAUAACCUAAAUGGAUAUUGUGAUGUAUAUGCUAUUUGCCGUCGCAUUGACAUGGAAGGUCCUCUUCUACGUCUCAAGCAGAAGUUCUUGACAGUGGAGGGUCUCAAGGAAACAGUGAAGAAGUAUUGGUGGGCUAUCUUGAUUGGUACAAUUGCCUUUUGUGUCUUCAUUGGACUUUUUGUCUUUUUGUGUGCCCGCUACACACCAAGUAGUAAUCCUCACAAAGAGGCAAAGAAACCUGCCAAGACACUCCCAGGUCGCAAGAAGCGAAAUCCUCAACAGCGACCAGGCCAACAGGGGAUAGAAAUGGAUCCACGUGUAUGACAUGCAUGGUUUUAUAAUAAACUUUUGAUAUCAGAGUGCAUGGCGAUGCUUCAAGAGGCUCCCUUCAUGCAUUUUAUGUGAAUCUUGGUUAUUUGGUUGUAUUUCUAACUUUUGGAUCUAUCAUAAUUCACUAGUCCAAUGUACCAUUGUACAGGUAUUUAAAAUCAGCGAUAUUUCUCAGUAUCAAUUUUUAAUUUUUUAUGAAAUUCCUCCAGUUCCACCCAUAUCCUCACAGAAUUGUUACAGUAGGUAGUCCUUUUUCAAAGCCUGUGAGGAAAUUGUCAAAUUUUGGAAGUCAAAGUGACUCCAGUUUUCCUUGUGUGAUCACAUAUGGCACUCUUGAAGCAUUGACUUUUCUCUAUCUUUGGUGUUUAUUUUGUGGUCAUCAGAGAUGGCAAGAGUCCUUAUCAAUAAUUUUUCCACCAGUGGGUCUUUUUGAGUGCCUGUAAGUGUUUAGCAAGUAAUUCCAAGGUCAGUAUAUGAUUUGACUUUGAAACUAAAAUCUUGGACAGAAUUAAAAGGAAUUAAAACAACCACUCAUCUGAAAUCAAUGAAAUUUAAAAACAUUUCUUUUUCCAAGUUUUUUUUGAAGCAAAAAAGGGGUUAAUAUUUAAUUUUCCUUAAAUAGACGUCUUUCAUUAUGGUGGACAUGAUUAUUAUUCUUUUGCGGGGAAGGUGGGGAGGAUUUUAACAAGUUUAAGUAAACAACAAAAACUGCAAUGUAGGUGGCUAACCCAAGUUCAAUCUUUACUCUAAUGUUGCUAAUUUCAGAAAAAUAGGCAGUGAUCUUGCUUCACAUAGACAGCAAAUUUGAAAUCCCCAGGGCAUUUAGGAAGGAGGUCCUAUGUUUUCAAUAUUGUAUUUGAAGAGAGGGGAUGUGAAUUAAAACCCCCACACCUUUGAUCAGAGUUAAAAAGGCAUUGACACCAAAUUGUGUGCCUUUCAUAUCAUUGGCAAGAUUGAAGUCAUGACCUGUUGAGCCCAUAGGGCAGCAGAGUGGUUGGGUGAGAGAUGCUCUCAAUUUCCAUUUUAUUUUAUCCAAGGUUUUAACAGUUUCACAACUUUGUGCUUGUCUAACGUUUGAGUGUGUUGCUGUUUUCUCAGACAACCACUCUUGCUUAUCAAAAAUAUGAGUCAGUAUAAGGGCUGAUAAUGUUCCUUUUGGCCAAAAUGUUAUUUAUGAACUAGCUAUACUCUUGUAAUUGAAACAUUUGUAGCAAUUGGGAGCCACUUGUGGGAACAAAUUGGUUGUAGUAUAUUUUUUCAGAAACAAAGUUUCAAUGCUCUGGAAGACCAGGCCAACACAAAAUGAUUUGUAACAAACCAGGUAAAUAUGUAACUUAAUAUGUUGCAAUUCUUCUUGUGCUGUGUUAUUUAUAAUAAUUAAAAAGAAAGAAUGUGUAAUUUAUAAAAGGUAACUUGGUACAUAACACCGGCUAAAAACUCAUUUUUAGCCAUACGUGCAAUCGUGAUCAUUAUUUCGUAAUAGCAUAAACAUUUUCCAUACGCAUAGGUAGAAUUUUGAGCAAAAAGGUUUUUCUAAUGUAUUCUUUCAGAAAUGUUUGUAAUGGAAAAAGUCCUAAAAAUUAAAUUUUCUCUAUGGGGUAUUGCUCUCGUAAUUAUUCUUUACUUCGUUAUGAAAGUGAACUUUAAGUCUUAAUUUCGAUGGUGUUUUUAUUUCCAUUGCUCAGUCUCGUAAAGUACUAAUUUUUGUUGUCAGGAGACCAUAGUCAUUGUCAUCUUGUUCCAGGCCCUCUGUUUCGGUGAAGAGGGACAAAAAGGCGAAUGACCGACUCUCGCUCGGUUUUCUCUUGCUAACGUCAACCGAUAGCACAGGUUAUGGUAGUAUCAGGGUGGAUUUGGAGGGAAACUUUGUAUACAUGAUGGAUGUCUUGAAAAUUUUUACUACACACUCCCUACCCCUCGUAAUUCUAAUUUCUGGACCAAUCUUUUAUGUUCGUGUGCUUGUUCUUCUUACCUUAAGGAAACAGUUAAAAGUAUUUUUCUCUGGUAGUAAUAAGAGUAAAACUAAUUUGUAACCUCAGUGGGAAAAGGAUAUACAGUAAUCUGUUUGUUAGGAACAAGACGUAACUGUAUGACUUGUGUAAAGCUUUGGUUAGGAGAUAAACACUGCACUGUUUGUAAUAAAGAUAAAAUUGCCCUUUUAAAGUGA